UGAAGUGUGCCGUAAAACGGAAUAUAUAACAAAACGUGUAUCGCCCUAAUGACAGGCACAGACUCCUACAGGUGGUUGCAAGGAAGAGGAUCGGAUAUCCCGUAGAGAGUAUUGUGUCUGUGUACAAAAUGCAAGAAAACUGACAAGAUAACCCCACAUAUAAGAGCAUUUAUGCCUUGUAAACGAUGCCAGGGGAGAAAUUUGGAGCACGGCACAGUAGAGUAUUGUGUGGCAAGGUGUGGACCGAGUCAAGUGGGAUCGAGUGCUCCGGCCCCCCGAGGGUCGCCCUCCGUAAAUAUUAUUGGAACUGGGGAUUUCCCAAGCUGUGGUAAACAGUGCGCCAGCGCCUGCCUUCAUCACUUGACGGCGUUUGGGAGUGUCACGGGAGGGAAGAGACAGUGCUGUGGUGGGAUGAAUUCCCCAUACAGUGGAGAGUCUGCCUCUCCAUACUCGGACCAGUCAGUUGGUGUUCCAUCCCCACCUACAGUUGUUGCUGCCUUCAAUCGGCCUUAUGAUGCUGUUCACCAUGAUGGGCCAUACAUACAUAUCUUGGAGCAACCACAGUCCAAAUUUCGUUUUCGUUACAAGAGUGAAAUGGUGGGGACUCAUGGUCAGUUAAAGGCUGAUCGAGCAGUUAAAAAUAGGGCAAUUUUUCCAACAGUGAAGCUAGCAAAGUGGAACCACGGACCUGCUGUUAUGCGCCUAACACUUUUCACAGCUGAGGAUAAUGUCAAUCAACGAAAACGACACGUACAUGAGCUCUCAGGGAAGAAUUGUGAUAAAGAAACUGGUAUUUGUGAAGUUGUUGUUGAUGACAAAUGUAACUACACUGCAGUUUUUCAGAAUCUUGGGAUCAUUCACAUAGCUAAACGAGACACUAGAGAAAUAAUUAUGCAACGUAAGAGAGAUGAAUUAAUGGUCCAUGCACGUCUUCGUAAGCCACAUUGUGCCUAUGAAGAAAUAAAAAGAAGUAUCACACCAACAGAUCUCAAAAGGAUGGAUGAUGAGGCAGAGGAGGAGGCCAAGAGCAUGGAUCUGAACAAGGUAGUCUUGAGAUUCCAAGCAUUCCAGUAUGACAAGAGCAUUGAGAGCUAUCGCCCAAUCACCCUUCCUGUUGAUUCAGAAGUCGUGUUUAAUCUUAAAAAUGCUACAACGGGAGAACUUAGGAUUGUGCGAAUGUCUGCAUGCUCAGCCCCCUGCACUGGAGGGACAGAAAUCUGGCUGUUGGUUGAGAAAGUUAGAAGAAAUAAUGUUCAAAUAAAAUUCUUUGAAUUGGAUCAAAAUGAUAGAGAAGUCUGGACUGCUUACGGAGAAUUCACUGAUGCUGAUGUGCAUCACCAGUAUGCUAUUGUGUUCAAAACUCCACGUUAUCGAAAUACGAACUUAAAUACGUCAGUUCGGGUCAAAGUGCAACUUGAGCGACCCACAGACAGAGAUACAAGUGAACCUCUUGACUUCACUUACCUCCCAGACAGUUUGAAGCGCUCGAGAGUGAACCUAGAGAAUACGUUGGAGGAAGGGAAGAGGCACUAUAAUGACCCUCCAGCAAAGAGAUUAAACUACAACCCUUAUACCAGUGAAGCCAUAGAUCUGAGUAACAAUACACGAGGUUGUCGAGGGCAAGAGGAUUCUGUGCAGGCGCCCGAUUUCUGGAAGAUUAUUGGAGACUUUGCUGACAAUGGCGGGAUGCCUACGUAUGCCUUGGAAGUUUCCAAUCAGUCUCCGCAACACACUGUGCCUUCGCCAGGAAAUCCUAUAGAUUCUGGGAACAAUAUAUUGUACUCUCCCAUCCACCCGGGAUCAGUUGGGACACCCAGUACGGAAUAUGUCACCAUAUGCAAUGGUGUGCUGCAGGUGCCUUCACCAGGCCAGCAGUUGUCACCAAAUUCCCCACAAUACAGCCAACUGUCUCCGGUCGAACACUCUGUGGGUUCUCCUCCAUAUCAGGGAGGAGGAGGGGGAGGGGGUGGUGGUGAUGGUGGAUUAUCUCUCUCUCAGUUCAUCCACUCGCAGUCACCCCAGUAUAACCAGUCUCCUUCUCCAGUCAUGAUGGUGCCUUCCCCCUCGUAUCAAGACACUUCACAGCUCAUAACCCAACAGUAUCCACAGCAACAACUGCAACAGCAACAACAACAGCAGCAGCAGCAACAGCAGCAGCAGCAGCAGCAACAGCAGCAACUGCAGCAGUUACAAGUACAGCAACAACAACAGCAGCAGCAGCAGCAAACACAACAGUUUCAGAAGCAGCCACAAAUGGGAUCACAACAAGCGAUGCAAGGUGUUGGGGAGAGUUGGGUGACUGUACAACACAGCAUGCCACUGCAGCCUCAGCAUAGUUUGCCAGUCCCAGAAAUUGAAUUGCCAAGCAUGUUUAACUUGGGUGGUAUCGACCAAGAGCCAUCCCUAAUGGAUAUGCUGGACAUUGCAGGAGGUCAGCUCGAUUUUAACACAGUUUUCAACAAUGAUAUAAAGGCUGAUUAUGGAGGCAGAAAAACAUCAGAUUCGAAGAAUAAGCAGAGAGACAGACCACUUAGUACUAGUCAAGAUGUAGAAGAACUCAGUAAAAUGAUGUCUGAAGUAUGUGUUGAAGACCCAUCAUCACGCACUAGUAGAAACCCCACUUCGCAAAGAGAAGUAUCUGGUCAGCAAAGUACACCAAAUGUGGAUGUGGCAUUCAGGGUAGCUGUUAGUGCUGCAGAGUGCUUACAGGCAUAUGCAGCUACUGGAGACAUUUCCUUACUUCUAGCCACUCAUCGAUAUCUUCUUGCUGUGCAGAACAAUCAAGGUGACACUGCUCUGCAUACUGCAGUCAGUAACAAGAAUAUGGAAGCUUUUAACAAGAUCUUGAAAGCCAGUGAGAAGAUUAAUCCACAUGACCUAUUAAAUGCUCAAAAUUUUGCAAGCGAAACUGCCCUACACCAAGCUGUCCGUGGCAAUGAAGUAACAAUGGUGAGGAGACUGGUGGCUGCUUUGGGAUGUGAUGUGAGCAUUGCUGAUGCACAGGGAAACACACCGAUCCACUGUGCGGCAGAAUUACAGGACCACAGGUGUCUUGAAGCACUUUUGACUAGGCCAGUUAAUGGCACUCGUUCAGCACUGCCUCAGGCUGUUAAUGCUUACAAUUAUCAUGGUGCAACUCCUUUACAUAUUGCUGUCACUGCUGGGAACCUGAACUGUGUAAAGCUACUAUUAAGCGUUGGGGGUCAAGUACACUUGUGCGAAAGAAAGAGAGGCUCUAAUCCCCUACAUCUGGCUGUAAUGUUUGGCCACCAUGAGAUUGCACGCUUUUUGUUAAACAAUACAAAUGUGACAGUUGAAGCAGGCAUGUUUGAUGGUAAUACAGCACUACACUUAGCAGCUCAAGCACGCGAUCAGGAGAUGUGCAAAAUUCUUCUUAUGGCACAUGCUGAUCCACAAACCAAAAAUGCUUUAAGCAAAGGUAAAAAGACGGCAGAAUCUGAAGAGGAAGAGGAAACGAAAGAGGAAGAGGACGAGGAGGAAGAAUCUGAAGAAGAAUGUGAUGGCUACACUCCAGUAGAUUAUGCCGGAGAAGAUGAACAGAUUCUGGCUAUCUUGCGGGGUGAAGGCAUUAUAGAGAACGCAGUAGCUGAGGGUGAAGUUGUUGCUGGGAAGAAGGAAGGCCCGGUGCACUCUGCUCUGGACUCUGGCAUUGACAUAUCAGUUACAGAUAUCCAGGAACCAGACUAUACGUCUGAGGGAGAAGAAAGUGUGGGGAAGCUGAGUGAACGUGUGCGUGGACGCCUCGCCAGCCAUCUCAGUGGAGACACGUGGCGACACCUAGCCCAGCUCUUGGACUUAGACUACAUGGUUCACUGCUGGGCCAAGGAACCUUCGCCGGCAGAGUUACUUCUACAUCCUGAUAACAUGAAGGUUAGCCUUGGCAAUACCUACCCGCGGGAGCCCGAUUAUAAUCAUCGCUGUAAAUGCCUGGCCAGGAAUUGUCAAGUAUUCUCAUGAUAGACUGUGACCAUGGAGAAAUUGCGAGAGUGCCUGGAAGUGUUGGGCCUGAAGGAAUGUGUUGCUGUCCUGGACCAAGCAUAAAAUAUAGCCGCCGUUUUCUUAUUUUAAAAAUGAGGAACGGCAUUUAUACAAAAUAUAUAAAUUGUGAUCUUGGGUAAAUGUUUCAUUAUAGGAACAGAUAAAUGCAUAAACUUUGGUUUGAAUGAUGCCAUGUACAAGUAUUUUAUUGACAAGAUGGAUGCUUUCAUAAACUUUGUCUUUCACAAAUGCCCCCAGUUAAGAAGUUAUUAUGCAACCAUUUUUACAAGUUGUAGAUAAAUGUGAUUUAAAAAAUAUAGUUAUUAGGAAUAUUUAAAUGUACUUUAUCACCAGCAUUAGUAGUUAGGUACACUGAAGAAGUGCACAAUUUAUGCUUUAAUUCUAGUUUAAACAUAUAUGGAUGAUUCUGGUAAAUUAAAUGUUGGAUAAGGACCUAUUGACAAUGUUUGGUGUAAAGCAUUGUUAUACUUUACGAGUGUUUUAUUAACGCUGUUCCAGAAAAUAUAAACUUCAAAAGAUGUAAGAAUCUAAAUUGCAUGUUUAAACUUGUUAAAGAUGAUUUGGGCCCCUGGACCAAGCUGGCAAGGUAUCGUGUGCUGUAUUAAAUGCCGGAAAUGUGCCUUCUAAAUAUUUGUUACAUUGUGAUUUAUUAAUAAAAUGCAUGUAGAAAUUUAAACUAGUUUAGGAUACCGAUACCCAGGAAGCACAGCAACUUCAACAUGCCUCUGACCAAGUAUGACUUAUUUAAAAAUUUGGAAAAAAAAUAGAUUUAUUUAAAAUGUGUUUGACCUUUGGUGUAAGAGAAACUCUUCUAUUUUUGUAAUGUAUAAAUGUCAAUAUUUGUCAGAUUAGUUUUUAAGCUGUCAGAUUUGAUGUAUCUGAGUGUAAGCAAAGCUAUAUAUUACAAAGGACCACAUUGCAACUGUACAUUCCUUUUAUCUCUCUUCCUUUUAGGGAAAGUGGUCAUCUUAUGUAGAAUGUAAGAAUACACGUGCCUUCCUUUUGGGGAAACAACUGUACUUUUUUGUAAAUUAACUUAGAGUAGUAUUUAGAGUAGUAUUGUAAGUUACAAAAUUAGAGGGAGCAGGGAUUCAUGCGAUGAAACCUCAUCCCGAAAAUUAAAUUUUCCUGAAACAGGUUAAUGGAGAUAUUUUGUUGUUUUAUGUUGUUCAAAAUUUUAAUAAUUUAAGUACUGACUGAUGAUAGUUAUUAAUACAUGAAAAAAUUAUCAAUAAAAUGGUCCAAGUAAAUGUACCAAUUUGCACAAAUUUGUAUAAUAAAUGUUUUAGGUAAAUAUGAA